AACGCACAGAACUGGGUCAGGUCAGGUCAGGCAAGCCAAAUCAGAUGCCCGUUGUCCCGAAAGCAGAGAAGAGGGGGAAGAGAGGAAAAACGACGAGGGCAGGAGAGGCGAGCUUGGGGAGGAAAUAAACGAGGUCGGCAGCCCGAGCGAGAAUGAGGAGAGGGCGAAGAGACGAGGUCGUGAGCGAGGACGGGCAGGAUCAAGAGAAGAGAGGAGGGCGAGCAGCUAGAUGAACAGUGCGGGACCGGGGAUGGUUUUGUUUGUGGAGGUUGGGCCUGGCUGCUGGCUGGCUGGCUGAUGAGAGAAGCGAAGCGACCAGCGCGCGAGAACUACGAACGCUUGAGUGACUGUAGUAGUGAAGAGAGCCUGGCCUCAGCCCUGGCCCAGUCCUCAGAAGUCACAGUGAGAGUGACUGGAGUGAGUGAGAUGGACUGGCCGGGGGGUGUCUGUCGAAACGGUUCCGUCCAUAGCGGAAGAGCAGACAUGGAUUGGAUAGAAUGGGGGUUUCUCCCGCUCUCAUUGGCCUACCAUGGACGGGGGGUUCCGACGAGCCCCCUAGAGCACGCUGUAAGCUCAGGAUUGCUCCCGUUAACGCCUGGAGGCUGGCCGUUGGUUAGCACAAGUAGCCUUCUGAUUGACCCCGAGCCAGCAGCCUAUCUCCGUCGAAGUGAUGGCCCUCUUUGGGGGUGGAAGUGGUCAAAUUGGUUCUUCAGUAUCCCCCGACAUAAUGGUCCCUUACGCCCUCAACUUUUCGUACGCCGUCGAUCAUCCAUCGACUACAAUGCGCAGGCACCCGUCGUGACUGAUUACUUCUUCUCCCACCGACUGCCAGACGGUACACGGCCAGCGAAGAGGAGUGGAUGGCGCCCGUGGAGACCACGACAGGGGCUAUCAGGCUCGGACCCAUGACAGAGUGGGUCUAGUUUUGCAAAAGUCGCGCUACUUUGUUCUCGCUCGCACUGUCUGGACACGGUAGGAUCACGAAGCCUGAGGUCAAUUGAUACGCCUACGACGAGUAAUGUGUGUUUGAGUCUUUGAGGUCACCUUCAUGAGGAUAAUUAUUGUUUAGCAAGGAUCACUUUCGUGGCUGCAAUCCGUACCAACGCAC